UGGAAGCGCGUCCUCACCACAUAACCACUCCUUCCAACCGCCUCCAACAGAGGACAGGGUCAACAUGGCGUCUCUGAGGUGCUUUCUUCGUUCGGGGAAGAAUGCUGUGUCGGUGGUCUUACGAAGAGAGAUACACAGGACGUCGCCGGCCUCUUUGCAGGUAACUGUCCGAGAUGCUCUCAACCAAGCCAUGGACGAGGAGCUUGAGAGAGAUGAAAAGGUGUUCUUACUGGGUGAAGAAGUGGCACAGUAUGAUGGUGCUUACAAGGUAAGUAGAGGUCUUUGGAAGAAAUAUGGCGAUAAACGCAUCAUUGAUACACCUAUUACUGAGAUGGGAUUUGCUGGUAUUGCUGUUGGUGCUGCAAUGGCUGGUCUCAGACCCAUCUGCGAGUUCAUGACCUUCAAUUUCUCCAUGCAAGCCAUCGACCAAGUAAUCAACUCUGCUGCCAAAACCUACUACAUGUCUGCAGGACUGCAGCCUGUCCCAAUUGUGUUUAGAGGCCCCAACGGUGCCUCAGCAGGUGUGGCAGCUCAGCACUCCCAGUGCUUUGCAGCCUGGUACGCUCAUUGCCCUGGGUUGAAGGUGGUUAGCCCAUGGAACGCCGAAGACGCCAAGGGCCUUCUUAAAGCAGCUAUCCGAGAUGAUAACCCAGUGGUGUUCCUUGAGAAUGAGCUGAUGUAUGGUGUGGCUUUUGAAAUGUCAGAAGAUACCCUGUCCAAGGAUUUCACCGUACCUAUUGGAAAGGCCAAAGUUGAAAGACAAGGUAAUCACAUCACUCUUGUGGCACAUUCCCGUAUGGUUGGCCAUUGUCUUGAUGCUGCAGCAGUCCUGGCGAAAGAGGGUGUUGAGUGUGAGGUCAUAAAUCUGCGUACCAUCAGACCCCUGGAUGUGGAGACCAUUGAAGCCAGUGUGAUGAAAACAAAUCACCUCGUGACUGUUGAGGGUGGCUGGCCCCAAUUUGGUGUUGGUGCAGAGAUUUGUGCCAGAAUCAUGGAGGGUCCAGCUUUCAACUAUUUGGAUGCCCCAGCUGUGAGAGUAACAGGAGUUGAUAUCCCAAUGCCCUAUGCCAAAAUUUUGGAAGACAAUAGUGUACCUCAGAUUAAGGAUAUCAUUUUUUCUGUCAAGAAGACAUUAAAUGUUUAACUUCUCAGAUGUCAUUCACACUCUAUCAAUAUAGCUCACCUGGACCCUAAUCCCUUGUCUACAAACUUACAUUUAUAUACAUGAGUAGCAGCCGUGAACAUCCCAGAGAGACUCCUAGUCUAGGACUCCAUAGUCCCAUCCCCGUUACAUUAUUAGCAGUCUUUGUAUGGGUUUGUUUUUCCUUCAUCAACUGAUCAGAAUCCUUAAACAGUUUUGGGGAAGAGGGAAUAUUUAUUAUGGUUGUCAAAGAAGUAAAUUGUGUAUUAUGAUAUUGUAAAUUCCAUUGUAAUCAACAAUAAACAAAAUUGAAUUCCA